AUGGGUCUUUUCUCUAUGCAGCAUCACCCCCACCAUCAGCCCCAGGGUCCAGCACCUACUCAGCACCUGCAGCACCAGCAACAUCCUCGACCCUCGAGCAUCGUUCAUCAGCAGCAUCAUCCCCAGGCUCAGUCGCAACAGCACCCUUCCUACGCGUCCGGCCAUCCCAUCGCCCCCGCCUACCAGCAGACGAGCCAGGCUACGAACAACCAGCACUCCCAGGAAGGUCUGCCGUACUACGCCCAUCCGAGUCCCUACAGCACCCCAGGCGCGACGAGCGGAUACACCUCCGCUGACCAAUCCGACAUGAUGGCCGCCGCUCAAAUGCCGAGACCACCUUACCCUCCCAUGUCCUACCAUACGCCGCAGUCGAACUCGCCCGCGUCGGUAGCAUCGCCCUCCCAACAUGACCAGCACCGCAGCAUCUACGGCCAGCCGCCGUCCCAGCCUCUCCAGCAGCACAUGUACUACCAGACUCAGCAGGCGCACUACCCGUCUAUGCAGGCGCAACCCCAACAGUCGCCCUACGCGCAACACGCUGCCCAGACGCAUCAGCCCAUGUCGUCGCAAACCAACAUGAUGAUGUCUGCUCAGACGCAGCAGCAGCAGCAGAUGCCUCAACACCCCACGCAACACACUCAGGCGCAGAUGACGAACAGCCCGCGUGGUCACAUGAAGACGGAGCCCCAGGUGCCUCUGCAGCUUCAGAAGCCUCAGUCAACUCCCAUGCAGCACGCCCAGCACCCCCAGAACGGCGCUGCUCUCAACACUCCCACUGGCUCGACUCCCGGAGGCGUUAACCCCAACGCGGCACCCGGUCCCAUCCCGGCCACCACCCCCUUGGUCGUCAGACAGGAUCAGAACGGAGUGCAAUGGAUCGCGUUCGAGUACUCUCGCGACCGCGUCAAGAUGGAGUACACUAUUCGUUGCGACGUCGAGUCGGUCAACACGGACGAGCUCUCGGCCGAGUUCAAGACAGAGAACUGCGUUUACCCUAGGGCCUGCUGCCCCAAGGAUCAGUACCGCGGCAACCGCCAGGUUUACGAGACGGAGUGCAACACGGUUGGAUGGGCUCUUGCCCAGCUUAACCCUCCCCUGCGGGGCAAGCGCGGUCUGAUCCAGCGUGCUGUGGACAGCUGGCGCAACAGCAACCAAGACCCGCGGCUCCGAAGCCGUAGGGUCCGCCGAAUGGCCAAGAUGAACACCAGGAAAUCGGUUCAGGGCGGCCCUCACCCUGGAGGUCAUAUGGGCGGCCCCAGUCCGCCAGGGAUGCCUCAAGGUGCGGGUGGCAUGGGUCCCGCGGGUGCAUCAACGAAGAUGCCUGGAAUGAACAUGGGUCAUAUGCCGCACGCCAACGCUCCGGGUGGAGGGGAUGAAGUCGGUAUGUUUCACCAGAUGUGA